GUCGAACGGGCCAUCACAACGUCGCCAAUCUGCGGACAUAAAUGUCUCCUACGGGCCGUGCUAUGAUCGUACCUCCUUUCCAGUGCCGAGUGGGCAUCAUUCGGCUUUCGGCGUGACGACCCAACCGUGCCAAUCUGAUGCCUUCGUUUGUGCCUAGCAAGGUUUUGGCGCAACAUUAGCGAAGAGUCGAAGUGGAUAAUAUGGAGCCCACCUAAGAUUCGCCUUGGUGAAUGUCAAUACAGUAGAGUCAGGAGAAGAACACUGGUUGUUGAUUGCUGCAGUGAACAUCUUGGACUCCUGUAGCCGAACGAGAAACAAGCGCCCUUAGGCUAUCAAGACAUCAAGAAUGGUUGCGAAUGAUACGAGAACGUCUGCGCGGACCUCACAGCGAGGUUCAGGUACAUAGUUCACCUGGCGUACCUACAGAAAUCAAGAUCUUCCACAUCACUUCCCGACCCAGUUUCACCCACGAAAUUCCGAUCAAGAUGAAAAGCUUCCUUCUGGCCUCCCUCCUCGCCGGCCUCGCCGCAGCCCAAGGCGCUCAAAAGCCAAACCCAUACUUCGGCGGCUGCGAUUACUCUCCCAUUGGCCAAAACGCCCCUUACUACAACUGCGACUGGCUACCUGGAGGUGGAAAGAGUGCCUGUGAAGGCAUUGUUCCAAACUGCAUGUCGCCAUGCUUCCGCGCAGGAUCACAAGAUGACAAGUCGGGCUUCCAGAUCGUCACAGAGAAUGAUGGCAACAGUGUUUGCCGGUGCAGAUGCAAGUUGAAUUAGAAGAGACGGGAGAAGGUUACUGUUGAAAGCGCAUUGGAUGUGGGACAGGAGGGCGUGGCAGUGCCGAAAAGUCACAUCACAAACAGAGUGAAGCACGAAGUCGAUGGAAUGCGAACAAAAAAUGUAUAUACCAUGUCAAUCUUCCAUCACGCACCACUGAUGACUAUUCGCCACACUGAAGAACGGAGUCAUAUGCAAGUCUGGCAUAUAAUAUCACGUAUCGAUUCACAGUUCAACAUUCA